AUGUCAAGUUCAAAAAAGCGUAAUAAGCAAACAGCACUUUUUCAAUCAAAUAAAAAAAAUAUUAAUGACAAUUCGAACCUGGAUUUUGAAGAACCUCAAUGGAUUGAUCUUGGGUUUAAUAAAACUAGUUGGGUUUGGAAGUUUUGUGAAGUAAAGACUGAUAGUCGUGCAUAUUGCAGACACAAGAAUGAAGAUGAAAAUGAGGAAUGUGGAUGGAAUUGUGUAUAUAAUUCUCAAACUAGCAAAUAUGAAAAUAUUGAUGAUAAUAACAGCUUGAAUAAUUUAGCAACAAGUCAAACUUCGACUAAUGAUCAAAUUUUAUCAAACUUUGCUUUAGAUCAAGAUCCUACAACCAAAGUUUUUAAACCAAUCAAAGAAGCAACAAAAUGGUUAAGUGGUCAAAAAUAUUGUAUAUUAUCAUUAAUAUUUCCUACAAUUCAAGUAUUAAAAUAUAAUUAUAUCGUAAUUGAAGAAGAUAAUAAAGUAUCUGAGAAUGAAACUGUAGAAAAAGAAACUAAAGAGGAAGAUAUUAAUGACGAUACUGAUAAUGAAGAAGUAGAUGAACCUACUAGACCAAAUAUUGAUAAAAUUAUUAAAUUAGUCAAAAAUUCAAUCUAUAAUGCUCUUUUUAACUAUUUUGAUACACCGCCAGAUCCAGCAUUACUUGCAAGUCUUUUAGAUCCUAGAUUUAAAAGAAUAAAAGAAUGGUCAGAAAAUGAAAAAGAAAGAGCAAUUUCUUUAUUAACAUCAGAAUACAAUUUAUUUACAA